CUAAACUCCACUGGGAGCUGACUGGUGCUUGAAAUUCAACAACAAUAUUGCACUACGUUGUCUUUUUCUGUGAAGGAUGUCUGUGAAAAGUCCAAAAGGAGGACCAGAAAGUAGACCAUCCUCUGCUGCCAGUAUGUCUCCACGAGGAGGAAAGGGAGCAGCAGCUGGCAGGAGAUUCAAAAGCAAGGCCCUUCAGCUCAGCCUCUCCAAGAAAUUCUGCUCAAAGUCUCCCCCGGCCCAGGGGAAGGGCUCUGGUGAGGAGGACGGUCGUCGGCGCGGUAGAAGGAGCCUCAGCAACAGCUCAGCAGUGGCCGCUGCUUAUGUCUCCUACCUCAAUAAGCUGUUUGGGCAGGAGAGAGAGCUGAUGCCAGAGGAGUUAGAUGAGUUGCAGGAGGCCUUUAAGGAAUUUGACUACGAUGCAGAUGGCUUCAUCCAUUACAAAGACAUUGCAGACUGCAUGAGGACCAUGGGCUACAUGCCUACAGAGAUGGAGCUCAUCGAGAUCAUCCAGCAAAUCAAGAUGAGAUGGCAUGGGCAUGUAGACUUUGAUGAUUUCUGUGAGCUAAUGGGGCCGAGGAUGCUGGCUGAGACUGCUCAUAUGGUUGGGUUGAAGGAGCUCCGCUGUGCCUUCAAACAGUUUGACUGUGAUGGUGAUGGAAAGAUCACAAUGGAUGAGCUGAAAGAGGGCAUGAAGACCCUCCUGGGGGAGAAGCUGAAGAAAGGAGAGCUGGAAGAGAUCCUUGCCGACAUUGACCUCAACAAAGAUGGCAACAUUGACUUUGAUGAGUUUAUGAUGAUGCUUUCUGCAAGAUGACUUCUGAUGGAAGAAGAUAAAGCGUGAAACUCUGGAUUCAUGGGCUGUGCACCAGCUCACCGACAUUGUUAUCUUUCUGCUGCUUCGUGAUUUUGUAUUUGAAAUGUCAAAUUGUAAUAACCUAAUAGAGUCAAAGAGAUCUGUUUAUAUUUUCAUAAUAAAAGUUGAGAUUGAGUAAGU